CCGCCGCUCUGCUAUCCCGGCGGCGCCUCGCGGGGUUGCCUGGCGAGGGCGGGAAGCGCUGCUCCGUUGUCCCGCCCGAGAGCGCGGCGUCGGCGAGCUGCAGCAGAAGGAAGGCGGCCAUGGAAGGCAGCAGCGGGAAAGAAGAGGAAGCAUCACCAUCCAGCUUGUAUGAACAGAACAGUGAUGGGUCUCAUGACCAUGUGCAGAGGGAACUUUUCUCUUCUAGCCGUUGCGAGCUUCUAGAACAAGAACGCUUGAAAGAGAACUGGGGUUCAUACAGCCGACUUGUGGAUAAACACAGGACCCGGAUGAAGGAAGCCUUGCCUUGCCUUAAAGGGAAAUCUGAGGAGAGUUCCUUGGAAGAAACACAAAGUGAAAGUGAAACAAGAAGGUUGUGGGAAGACACCAUUCAGGACGAGGUCGCUUUUCAGAAAAAGCUCCACGAAGCAGAGUUGGCAAUUGGUUCAGCAGAAAUGUUCCUGCCGUCUUUUAAAGAAACUCUAACUAGAAUUUCAAAGGCUUGUUACAUUUCUGCAGCAGAUAUGAUAAAGAUUUCUAUGCAAGAGGAUUUACUGGUAAUGGAGCUAGGGGCUCUCAAAAAUAUGAAGGGACUGUUACAGCAGCUACUUAGAUCAAGCAAGGAAAAAGAAAUUAUCAGUAUACAGAUUGAAGAUUUGAUUUGGAAGUUGACUGAAAGCGAAACUGAGGCUGUAGAACUCAAGAAUGAAGUGCUUCGAAAAGAAAGGCAUAUUUUAGAGCUUUCUACUCAGCUUCAGCAUGAGAAGGCUAAUGUAUUAAAAGCAUCUCGUCAUUCCGAAUCAACACAGUUGGUGCAGACUCACUUGCAAUGCCAGAUAGAGAGAAAGGAGGCUGAGAAUAAUCAACUGAGAACAAAAUUUAAGACGGUAGAAAAGAACAUUACUGAAUGGAAACAGCAAGUCGGAGAAUAUAAGCAGCAGAUUUUAGCUGAAAAGGACAGAAGAAAGGAGAGGCGAAAUGGUCUGAAAAAGGCAGCUAGUGUUCAGAAACAAAGAGCGGAGCUUUUGAAAGCAGCUGUGGAGAGCUUAAUUUCCAAAAUUGGAGAGAAGGAAAUCCAAUUGUCUGAGGUACUUUCAGCUUGUAAUGUCUGGAAAAGUCAUCACGAGGCAGUGGUAGAUGAAAAGGCCAGGUUAGAAGUUCAGGCUGAAACUCUGAAAAAGCAGAUAGCUGACCAUCUGAUGGAACUGAGAAGACUUAAAGAUGUCGGAAGGAGGUCAACGAAUGAGAUCCUUGGGAAGCUUAACGCCAUCACCUCUGAAAAUGAAAAGAUUUCACGUGAAAAUACUAAAUUAAAGGCAUUAUUUGCAUCUUUGGAAGCGAGCACUGUUUCUGCAGAAGCUGAACUUGUAGACUUACGUGAGGAGGCACAGCAGCAAGAAAAUAUAAUUGAACAUUAUAAAAAUGAGUUGGGAAAAUUAGAAUUGGAAACUGAGGAACUGAAAACCAGGUAUGAGAAGGUCAUACAUGAAGGCAAAAAACUAAUGGAUGGCAAAGAUUUAGAAAUUGCUGUGAGGGGCCAGUCGGAGGCUCGCUUGAAGGAGUUAGAACAUGCCCGUGAUUUACAGAAAGCUGCCGAAGGGAAACUGCAGAAGUGUCAGGAAAGCCUGCUGGCCUGCCAAAAGAGCUGUGUAGAUAAAUCCAAAGCCAUUAGGGAACUUCAGGCUCAGAUAGUCGAGAACGACAGUUUCUUGAAACAACUUUCUUUAGAAGAGGAGAAUCGCAACAUUCAGUUGAAAUACGAAGACGUUAAAAGAAAACUAGAAGAAACGGAACUGAAGAACAAAGAGCUUGAAAAUCAGUCGGCAAGCCAAGAAGAAUGCCUUCAGGAAACGGAACUGCAGUUCAAACAGAAACUUGCCAGCUAUGAUGCGUUAACCAGACAACUUGAAGCUGCUUUGGAAGAUGGAAGGAAAAAGUUAAAAGAGGAGGUGGAAAAAAUCGCUUCUAAGGAGCAAGCCUUUCAAAUGAAAAUAUUGGACCUAGAGAAUCAGUUAAGACGGAAGAAAGAAGAGCAGAGGCACUUGUCUAGAAGACUGGAUGCUAGAGAGAAACAUCGUCAAAUGUCCUUGAAGGAGUUGGAACACAGCCUUCAAAGAUCAGAAAACCAGAACCAGAGUAUCCAGAAUUAUGUGAAGUUUCUGAAAACAUCCUACGUAACCAUGUUCGGUUGAAGUUUCUCGUUUCAGCAAGUAUCUCUUGGGGGGGGGGGGUGGCGGCCAAGUAAACCAUGGCAAAGCAAGACUUGAGCACAACACCAGACCAUAGUUAUUGCAAAAGAAAGCCACGAUGGGUAAACCAGCACCAGGCGUUCAAACAAUCCAUAGUAAAUCAUGGCUUAGUAAAUGAAGCCACAGUUUCAAAAAAUCCUUUGGAUUGUUUUGUUUUUUUACCCCCACCACCCCCCAAAAAAAUCAUUUGCAAAAUCAGUUACAACUAAGAAAACAGGGACUAGUAGAAAUGUGAAUGUAGAGUAUACUUGUGCUAUACUACUACUACUUUUUUUUGCUGGAAUUGUUUUUUAAGGACUCAACACUUGAUAAUUAUCUUGGUUUCACUAAGUUUUCUUGGUUUAUUAACUAUGAAAAGUCAGCACUGACUUUGGUUUUACAUUUAAUUUAUAAUAAAAAUUUGAACAUUUUCCUUGCUUUAUUUUUCAUACCUGCUAUCCUCCUCUCUCCCCCCCCACUUCUUUCAUUCUACUCUGACACAGGGAUGCUUCUCACAUCACUCCUUCCCUAAACCAAAACAGCCUUGCCCCCUGAUGCUGAUCACUGUAUAUGGCCUUUGUGGCUCAGCGCCCCUGCUCCAUGUCUGCCCUCGCCUCCUCUUUGCCUCUCACCCAGUCCUCCACUCACCCCAAAGGAAGGUUGGGAUUCCUCCACCCCAACACUUUGAAGACACACACCAACCUAGUUCACAGCUGGGCUGCCAAGGAGAGAAAGCACAUGAAACACUAUUCAUAGUUGUGCUUUAGUGGCACUUGCAAAUGGUGGCCAUUUCGCUGUUCACCCUUGGCUCCAGAUCAUUUAUGGACACUUCACAUCAAGAUUUCCAUUGGGCUUAAUACAGAUCCAAAUAUCACUUAACGCCUCUCACCCAGCUGUUGAACAUCAUCCCAUUAUUAUUAUUAUUAUUAUUAUUAUUAUUAUUAUUAUUAUUAUUACAUACAUACAUACAUACCCCGCUUAUCUGGCUGGGUUUCCCUAGCCACACUGGGUGGCUCCCAACAGAACACUAAAAACAGAAUAAAACAUCAAACAUUAAAAACUUCCCUAAACAGGGCUGCCUUCAGAUGUCUUCUAAAAGUCAGACAGUUGUUUAUUUCCUUGACAUCUGAUGGUAGGGAGUUCCACAGGGCAGGUACUACUACUGAGAAGGCCCUCUGCCUGGUUCCCUGCAACCUCACUUCUCGCUGUGAGGGAGCCGCCAGAAGGCCCUUGGACCUCAGUGUCUGGGCUGAAAAAUGGGGGUGGAGAUGCUUCUUCAGGUAUACUGGGCUGAGGCCGUUUAGAGCAGGCAUCACCAAACUGCGGCCCUCUAGGUGUUUUGGCCUACAACUCCCAUGAUCCCUAGCUAACAGGACCAGUGGUCGGGGAAGAUGGGAAUUGUAGUCCAAAACAUCUGGAGGGCCGAAGUUUGGGGAUGCCUGGUUUAGGGCUUUAAAGGUCAGCACCAACACUUUGAAUUGUGCUCGGAAACAUCCUGGGAGCCAAUGUAGGUCUUUCAGGACAGGUGUUAUAUGGUCUUGGUGGCCGCUCCCAGUCACCAGGCAUACUUUGUAGGUAACUGUAUUUCUGCUGAUAUAGCUUCAUAUAGAAACCAGACAUUACUUUUUAUCUUCCCACAUUGCUCUUCACAAGACCGCAGAGUAGUCACAUAACUUCUUUAAAGGAAAGCCAGAAGCUAUCGACCCCGUUCUCUUGUGUGGGCAUCUUUCCGGUCGAUGCCUUGACCAGGACUGACUCAUCACGUUUACAUGAGACAUUCACUUGGCCAGUUGAGACAUUUCUUCACUUUUCAUUUUGAUCAGUGGCUCAUAUUGUACCUCUGCCAUCUUCACUGGCAGCACAUAAGAUUAUAUGUUGAUGGAGAGCAAGGUGCAGCUAUUAACACUGAAAAUGGUGCCAAGGUUUUAGGUUUACAGCCCUAUAAACGCCAAGGAAUGAAACAAAUGUCAUGAGCUGAUUUUGCUAAUUGUUUUUAUUGCUCUUACCUAAGCUGCUCCAAGAACUAAAUGCUAAAAAUGAAGAAAUAACAGAACAACAGGGGCCCUUGUAAAUUGCUAGAAAAUUGAGGCCAAGCUGGAUAGGUUGUUAAAUGUGUAUUUGUGUUUAUUUUGCAUGUUUUUUUCUUUUUAAAUGCAAACAGCUGCUGGGGAGGGAGCUGAUAAUUAUUAUGAGUUUAGCAGGCAAAGGAAGGGGAGUUCGAUCCUUCCCUCUUCUGCUCUUCUGUCAAAAAUCAAAAAUGGCUCAUUUCAAAUUGCUGUUUGUAUUGGAAGGAAAACUCCCCCAUUGCAGCUAACCACCAGAGGGAGCUGCUGCGCUGCUCUCUGCUGCAGUCUAAUAAUUUAGCGGGUGUCAGGUGACACAACGGACCAAUAGGGUUUCAGCUGUUCCCUCCAAUUUCAGUCCGCAAAAGUUUUAUUUUGCAGAAAAGGUGCAACAACCCAAACUUAAAUAAACCAGGCAGAAGAACAGUGUGGUGUAAAUAUGCAGGCUAGAGUGGCCGCAUCCUUCAGAUUCAGUAGCCACAAGGAUUUCCCUAAGUCUUACCACAAGGCUCAAUGAAAGUUAAUAAAUCUCUGCCGUUUCAUCCUCCUUCCAGAUUGAGUUCCCCGGGAGCGGACAGGAAAGCGUCUCAAAUGAGUCCCAAAGUUAACAUCGGGUCAGCCAGACCCGUUUCACCUGUUCCCUUUUGCAGAACAAAAGGAAACAAAAUACAGUUACAAGAACACAGAAUGCAGUGAUCAGAAACAAUUAAAAGGCAGGGGGAACUUUUCCUUCUGGCCCAGGGGAGAAUGAAACUCUAAUAAAAGCAGCAAGACCCUGGGGUUUGUUUAAAGCACUAGUUUGAUUAUACAAGGGCAAACAAAAUGAUCUUUACGUGGUGCCAAAAAGACCUCAAGGGAGGAUAUUCAAUCACCUGGGUAUUCAGUCAUCAAGGAGGCAACCUGCCUCACAAUUUAUGUGAGAGUUUCUAAAUAUUUAAGGUCCAAGCCUGAAUGUCUUCUGGAAGUGGGAGGCCUAUGUGUUCAAGCUGUCUUUUACGACUUGGGGAUUUAACUAGGAAAAGAUAAUGAACUUCUUAUUAAUUUUGAUCAAAUAAAGAGUAUUGUGCUGGGAGAAGGAGGUUGCUUCUGUCACCUAAUCUAAGACUUUCUUUUUUUUUCUUUUUUUGAAAGCUAAGUUAUUCAGCUCUGUGUUGUGUUCUUUAUCACUUCCAAAUGGUUAAAGUUGGUAAAAAGAUUUUAAUGCUAAGUCAAGACAUUGAAUUUCAUCCUCUGCCUGCGCUGUUAUAAUGAAAUGAAACACCUCCUGUGUGAACAAAGCAACACAAGGAGAGGUUUUUUCCAUUAUUUUGCAUUAACAGUGGCUGGCAUGUUCUGUGCUUUGAAAAGUACCUUUUAGUUGGCCUUUUUACCGUCAAAUGGGCAUCCCUACCUGUAUCUUUCAUGAAAGAUGCACUUAUUGACUGAUAGGUAAAUGACCCCUUCUUUUACCCUUCUGUUGACUCCCACAGCAACAGAAAUCAGGAACAUUCAAAUUUUUACAGCAGCGGAUGGCAAUCUUGAUACAGUUGUGAGCGACGUAGAUGGAAAACAAAAUCGAGACACUAUUAUCUUAGCACGUAAAUGAUUUUCAUUGCCUUCUUUUUCCAACAAAAAAAGUACAGCCAUUUUCUCUCUCUGAGAUCAAAUGGAUCCUUCAUGUUAGACCUACAGCACUCACUGUAUUUUGUUCUUGUUUUGUGAAAGAUGGAUCCUGUAGCUCUUUUAACACAGCAAAGUAUUUCUUAAACAUUCAAAAGGCUCUUAAACUAACUGCUUGAAGGGGGCAUAAUCUCUGGGGGGAAAGACUGGCCUGAAUAGAUGGAAAUUAGCAUUUGGCCUAGCGUUGGGUUCUAUUAGGGUUGUUCAAUGAAAAUUGCUUAUUAAUGAUUACAUUUCUCCCAAAUUAAAAUAAUUUUAAGUUGUAACACUUGAUGGAAAACAGGUGGUGAUUCCCUUCCUGUUCCUGGCGAUACUUUGUUUAGUUUGCGUAUAUGAAAUACAGUCAAGCCUCGGUUGUUGAACGUAAUCCGUUCUGGAAGCCCGUUAGGCUUCCGAAAUGUUCGACAACUGAGGCGCGGCUUCUGAUUGGUUGCAAGAGCUUCCUGCACUAAGCGGAAGCCACGUCGGAUGUUCAGCUUCUGAAAAACAUUAAAAAACCGGAGCAUUUACUUCCGGGUUUUCAGCAUUUGAGAGCAGAAACAUUCCAAAACAGCUGUUUCGGAACCAAGGUUUGACUGUACUAAUGUAUGUAACCAGUUUUCCUUGAGGCUCUGUUGGCCCUACAGAUGGGCCUGUGAGAAAGCUGUUGGAAGAGAAAAUGGGGCGACUUAUUUUCUGGUUCUCUUGCAUCCAGUAAACAUUUUUUUUCUGGUUCUCUUGCAUCCAGUGAGGAGGGGUUCCUAAGGAGUGGGAAUUUUAUUGUUGACUUCAGUGGAAUGUGCCUUCUUGCUAUCCCUCUUCUAAUACGACCCAUCUUUUCAUGGUAGGGGACAUACACAUUAUUUCCAUUGUUAGUUUUGUACAGCAGCCAUAACAUUGACUUCAACAAAAUGGGCCUGCCCUCUUGAUCUGAAACAUUUCUAAACUCAUCUAUGCGGGCCUCAAGAGUACAUGGUAAGUGUUGAACAAACAUAACUUCUCAAGAAGAGUGUGAGAGAGGUGCUUAUGAAACACUGGAAGAGCAGACAAAGAGAUAAGGAAAAUGUGUCCAUAGGGGAGAGAUUUUGGACUCUACUGAGUAAAUUAUGUUUCAUACUUCUAGAGCAGGGAUGAGGGAGCUGUGAUCUCUCCAGUUGUUGCUGGACUUCUGCUCUCAUCAGCGCCAGCGAAAAUGGCCAAUGGUAUAAGCUGGGCCAGUAUUUUGCCCAUCUUGUUCUAACUGAUGAUUUCAGGGAACUUUUGUAUAUGUAACGUGUUCUGCCACCCAACUAUGGCAAACCCUUUAAGUGCUCCCAUUUCCCAGGGACAGUCCCAGAUUUACACAGUCUGUCCCAGGUUCUGAUUUGAUCCCAGAAUGUCCUGCCUUUUCUUAGGACGUCCCUAUUUUCAUUGGAGAAAUGCUGGAGGGUAUGGAGUUAUGUGACCCUCAAGACAAGGAGAUAACUGUACAACCCUUAGAAGACAUCUGAAGGCAGCCGUGCACAGUUUCAGUUUGUUUGUUUGUAUGUAUGUUUGAAGCUGCCCAGAGUGACUGGGGCAAUGCAGUCAGAUGGGCGGGGUAUAAAUAAUAAUGAUAAUGUUGUUGAAUAGGACGUCCCUAUUUUCAUAGGAGACAUGGAGUGUAUUCUGUGGCCCCUCCACUAAAUUUGUAGCUGAAAGAUUAUUUCAAUGUGUUCAUCUGUCACCAUUAGGGCUAGAACUUCUUUGAAAACAUAUACUGUACUAAGAUUGAGAUUAUGGGGUUGCUGACAUUCUGCAAAGCAAUGACAGUCCGUUGUCCACCAAUUGGUUGCAAAUACCCUUUUACAAAAGGGUUUGCUUAGAUCAGGGGUCAGCAACCUUUUUCAGCCGUGGGCCGGUCCACCGUCCCUCAGACCAUGUGGUGGGCCGGACUAUAUUUUGGGGAAAAAAGAAGAACGAAUUCCUAUGCCCCACAGAGAUGCAUUUUAAAUAAAAGGACACGUCCUACUCAUGUAAAAACACGCUGAUUCCUGGACUGUCCGCGGGCCGGAUUGAGAAGGCGAUUGGGCCGCAUCAGGCCCACGGGCCUUAGGUUUCCUACCCCUGGCUUAGAUGCAUAGUAAGGCAAGUUUCGGAUUUUCUAUAAAAUUACGGAGUUCUGUCUAUAGUCUAGCAAACCAAAAAUAAAAAUGGAAAGAAAGACAGUGAUUGAAAUAUUGGAAGAAGAGAAGUCAGCUCAUCACAUUGCUUCACCCUUUGCUUGGGAAGAAGGGAGUUUAAAGCUGAAGAAUGCUCAUAUGAUCAUAUGCUUUUGAUUUGUUCAGUGUCUGGGAAAACGGAAUUUAAAGCAGAAGCCCAAGUCUCUUACGGCAACUGGGGGCCCCUAUCCUCUUUAAUCCUGCCUGCCAAAUAGACUAUUACUAGUGUUUCAGGGUUGAUACGGAACUUUUAUCUCUGCUUCCUAUCCAUGGCAUGAAGCUGCUAUAAAUCUUAUUGUAAGAGUGACUCCAGCCAGAUAAUAGAAACUUAAUGGCUUCUCUCUGUAAAUGUGCUGCCUCAAGGAAUUUUUUACAAGGCAUACUAAUCCACACUUGAGUUCCUUGCAUUGAGAUCAUCUUGCGUGGACCAUUAGCUGAAGGCUGCCAGGUUUUCCUUGAAUAAUCCGCUAAAGAUUCUGAACAUUGUCUGGAACAAAGCUCUGGAUAUUCAGUCAGAUUUAAAGAGUACCUGUCCUAUGGGUAAUUCUGUUACAGAUUACUGCAGUGUUUCAUAUGUGGGACAGUGUUUGUAUAUGAUCCAGAAACUUCAGUUGGUACAAAAUGUGGUUUCUAGAUUAGCAACUUGGGCAAGGCAAUAUGAACACGUAAUAAUACUUUAUCACCUCUGCUGCUUCUUGGUCUGUUUCCAGGACCAAUUCAAAGUUAUGGUCUUAUUUAGUGCAGUUUUUCUAGAAAAAGAGGUGCCAGAACUCGCCACGAACCCCUCCCUUGUUAUCUUAUAACGGCAAUAGUGCCCACCUGAGAGGUGCCAGAACUGAAAAAAGGGCCCGGUUUGGGUCCUUGAUAUCCAAAGGUUUCCAUCACCCCAUAUUUUAUUUGUUGGUUUGUUUUCUUAAAUUUAUAUCCUUCCUCCCUUCUACCAUGGAAUCUUAAGGGGUGUGUGCAUCCAGACCCAGACCUACGUUUACCAAGGUACUAAUUUUAUGUACCUUCAGAUCAUACCUGAGAGCAUACUUACCUGAACUCUGAGAGAGAUACGAUGGGGGCUAUAAUAUGAGGGCCCUCUCAGCAGUUGCCCUUGGGUUGUGGAAUGGCUUAACAAAUCCCUGGAGCAGUUUUGUAGCGCGCUGUGUGUGUGUGUGUGUGUGUGUUUAAUAAGGUACAGAAUAAAUAUUUAAAUGAAUGGGUGCUUUUUAAAAAGGAAAACGGCUUCUUGAAGCACAAGGGAAGAGAAGACAAACAAAGCAGCAUGCAAUUCAUUGGUAUAUACAUGUCAUUGUUUUUGAAACAGGAGGAAACAAUUCAUCCCGUUGGAGAAAACUCUUGGUUUUAAUUUUGCAUCUAAAUGUACCCUGUGUUGAAGCCACAACUUCAUGAGGUUUUGGAUCAUUUGUUUUCAGGGCACAGUGAUGCAGAAAAGAGAGUGAACCAUAGCAAAGGAGACUAGCUAUUCUCUGUUAUCUUAGUUGAAAACAAGAACUCCUAGCCAUCUCCCAAAGACAUGUUUCUUAGCUUAUUUGUGCCCUGUAUUGUUUUAUGUGUGGCUUUUCACUCCUAAACUAUUACUGCUGCCUCCUGUUAUCGGGCAACUUUCUGUUGUAUGGAGUGUUUCUUAAUUGAUGUCCUGAGUGAUUCGGGCUGUGAGGAUACUUUCUAGGUAGGGAAGAGACAUAUGGUUAACAGAGCUAAAAUUUUCACCACGAGACUGGAAAGUCACUGAGUACAGAUAACAUCAUAGCCCCACUACUGAGUUCCACCUCAUAAUCCAUACUGACUUUUGGAGAAUAUCUAGCUGUGAUUGAUGCCUUUCUCUUAGCUGAAGAUUAACUUAGUGACGUUAACUUGCCAUCAGUUGAAACUUAUUUAUUAUGGGCUAGGAGAUCAAAGCCCAUUAGUAUAAGUUUAAUACAUCCCAUUCUUGUCCUGGAAACCAGAGCCUCUUGUAUGGUCUGGAGGCCAGUCCAUAUAUGAGCUUCUAGUUAUCCCUGUGAACCUUUCACCCUGUGACGCGGGUGACGCUGUGGUCUAAACCUACUGAGCCUCUUGGGCUUGCCAAUCAGAAGGUCGGUGGUUCAAAUCCCUGUGAUGGGGUGAGCUCCCGUUGCUCUGUCCCAACUCCUGCCAACCUAGCAGUCCGAAAGCACACCAGUACAAGUAGAUAAAUAGAUAGUGCGGUGGCAGGAAGGUAAAUGGUGUUUCUGUGCGCUCUGACACUCGUCACGGUGUCCCGUUGCACCAGAAGCGGUUUAGUCAUGCUGGCCACAUGACCCAGAAAAGCUGUCUCUGGACAAACACCGGCUCCCUCGGCCUGAAAGCAAGAUGAGCUCCGCAACCCCAUAGUUGCCUUGGACUGGACUUAACCAUCCAGGGGUCCUUUACCUUUUUUUUAUCUCUGUAUGUAUGUAUGUAUGUUUGUUUGUAUGCAUCCCGUUUUUCCCUGGUAGAGGUUGGCUGUAAUGUAUGGAUGGAAAUAAGAGGGCUUCCCAUCCAGGUACUAACUAGGCCCAAAUAUAUUUUGGCUUCAGAAAUGAAAUUGAAUCAGGUGUCGUUUUCUGGACCCCAAACUGGAGGUUUGGAGAAGAAUAGCCAACAAACACUGCUGACCCUUUGAUUCCAAGUCUGCCAUAUAGAACAUCAAGGAUGAUAUGGGUUCUACGUGGACUUCGAAUUGCAGAGUUCAGGUAUACUAAAUCUGAACACUGAAAUCCUGUGAGAAGCUGUUGGACGUACCUUUAGUGCAACAUGUUGGGUACAAGCAACUGGUUCCAUGUAUUGAUUUAGAAGGUCUUGAACCUUCUGGUAAGAAUAAUAUAAUUCUAUCUUCUCAAGGUGAAGGACAA